UGCAGCCGACUGCCCGUCUUCCCCCAGCCCCCAACCUCCUCCCCUCUGGGAUGGCAGAGCUGACAUUUGAACAUGCUUAGCUACACCAAGCCUUUCGGGAGACGCCUCCGACAGCUCUCGGUGCUCCUUGCCAGAGGAGCAGAAGCAACACCUAGCCCCUCUUUCUACCCUACAUUUUCCAGCCAUGACCGAAGGCAAGGCUCUCAAAGUCCGGGUGACUUUUGCUAUUAUUUUGAUAGGGGUUGCCUUGAUGUUCACGGCAGUGGUGACCGAUCACUGGGCUGUGCUGAAUCCUAAGGUGGAGGAAUACAACACUACCUGUGAGACAGCUCACUUUGGGUUAUGGCGGCUCUGUAUCAAACGGAUCUACAUUGAAGAAAACAAGAUGGAGAAGGAACAGGGUUGUGGGCCCAUAAGCCUGCCAGGAGAGUACAACUGUUCCUAUUUCACACACUUUGUCUCAGGAGAAAGCACUGAAAUCUUUGAAGUAUCGACACAACGAGAAUACAGCAUUUCUGCAGCUGCCAUUGCCAUCUUUAGCGUGGGCUUUUCCAUCAUCGGAACCAUUUGUGUCCUCUUAUCCUUCCGGAAGAAGAUGGAUUACCUCUUGAGGCCAGCUGCCAUGUUCUAUAUGUUUGCAGGCCUGUGUAUUAUCAUAUCUGUGGAAGUUAUGAGGCAAUCGGUGAAAAAGAUGAUCGCGAGCGAUGACACAGACUGGAUAGAGUACUACUACUCCUGGUCCUUCGCCUGUGCCUGUGCCUCUUUCGUCUUGCUGUUCCUUUGUGGAGUGGGGCUUUUGCUCAUCUCCUUGCCUCGCAUGCCACAGAACCCAUGGGAGACUUGCAUGGACGCCGAGCCAGAGCAUUAAGUCUUGUCAGCUCAUGUUGCCACUUCAGCCAUAUCAUAUCCCUCCUGUUCCUCAAUGGCCAGCUAUAUAUAUUUAUUUAUAUAUAUAUAUAUAGAAAGAGAGAGAGAGAGUUGAACUCCAGGAGUUGGUGUGGGAACAUCUUUGGCCCAUGCCUACUGAGAGAAUCAGUUAGGAGCUGAAUGCAAAAUCCUGAGAUAAAAGAAUUGAUGAAGAUGGCUUCUUUUGACAUGACGUGAAAGACUUGGCUUAAUCGCACAGCUAGAUUGUUAACACAGCCCGGAAAAGUUGAUAUAAAUGUCACUGAAUAGAAAUAUAAACUUAAGAAAGAGAGAAUUUUUGUCUAAAUAGGAAUUGGGGUCAUUCUUUUAGGAACAAAUAGCCUGAUGCCCGCCUGAUGUUUUGGGUUAUAGCUUCAUUAAUCCUUCAUCCUUGGUCAUGUCAACAGAGGCCCACAGGAUAUGUAAUCCAAAACAUCUGGGGAACUCCUGCCCCAUUUGAUUAACCCUAGGAAUCACAAAGGAAAAAAAACAACAUCCCUAAAUCAUAUUUUGUCAGUGUAGAAUUUUUUUCUCCAUCUGUAAAUAAUCUUACCGCCAAUUUGGCAGCACCCCUAAGCACAUUACAAAAAUAGAUUCUAAAAAAAGAUGUUGGAUAACACAGAGAAGAACCUCUAAGACAUAUGCUUAGAGUCAACAGUGAUGGUUUUUAUUAUACUUCUUAUAUUUCAGCUACUAAUUUGUUGAGCUGGUAUGACUGGAGAAUGGCAGAGACAAGGAAAUUGAAUAAUAAUGAUUCUGAAAACCAAAUCACAUUAUGCAGAGAGAAGCCAGCUAGUAUUUUUAACUAUACUCUCCCCGCCUCAAUCCCUGGCCCUCCUGUCACUGUCCAGAUGGUUUUGACCACAAUACCCAGCUGAUCCCACCAGCUGGCUUUGGUGGCUAAUUGGGGAACGUUAAUCUACAUCUUCAAGGAUUCUAGAACAGCAGCAGUCACAUUCCAUAAACAGCCAACAUGAUUUAGCAGAGGAAAUAAACAAAAGCUUUACAGCCGGAGGAAGACACAAUAAGUACAUUUGAGUAUUUCAUAGCAUUUGCAGCCUGAUUAGCAUUUGUAGAGGUCAAGAAGCCAUUAAACUGGUUGAGUACAGGAGGUAAGAAGCUAUAAACACUUUAGAUCAGGUGGCAGAAGAACUAGAAGACAAGGACUAAAUUCUGAGACACCUGUCUCAGGUAGUGCCUGGAAAUAAGCUUUCUAAUCUCAAAGAUAAUAUUGUGGUUGCUUUUGUAACAAGUUAGAACUGAAUAAUUUAACUGUGUAAUACAGAUUCAAUUUGCAAUUUAAAAAUCACUAAGCAAAAUAUAAUAAACCAGACAGCAUUAUUAUAA